CAACAAUAAAAAGAAUAAAAUAAUGUUAUUAGAAAUAUUUCUAUUGUUAGUUUUAGUUGGGUUAUUAAUGGGAUUAAAAUGGUUAUUUACACCAUAUACUAAUUGGAAAAACUAACAAAAAACAGUGAAAAAAGAUGAUAGUAUAGUGGUAAUAAGUGAUGGAAAAGAAUAUAAAUAUUCCACAUAUAAAAAUACUUCAAAUGUAGAAUUAAGCAUAAUAAUUCCAUCAUAUAAUGAAGAAAAUAGAUUAGGAAGAACAUUGGAAGCAUCAUUAAAAGUAAAAUGAUAUAAUAUUGUAUUAGCAUUUUAGUAAAUAUAAAUAUGAGAUAAUAAUAAUAAAUGAUGCAUCAAAAGAUAAAACAUUAGAAGUGGCCUAGAAAUAUUCAAUAAACAAUAAGAAUUUUAAGAUUAUUACAUAUAAUAGAAAUAGAGGUAAAGGAGGAGCAGUAAGAUUGGGAAUGUUAGCAGCAGCAGGUGAGAUUUAAUUAAUGAUGGAUGCAGAUUUAGCAACAGAUCUUAAUGAAUAUGAAAAAUUAUCAAAAGAAGUAAAUAUCAUUAUAUAAUAUAUUAGUUAUAAAAAAUUACAUAAAAUGGAUUAGGAUUAGUAGCAGGAUCAAGAAAUCAUUUAGUCAAAGAUGUUGUUGUAUAAAGAAAAUGGUAUAGAAACUUUUUAAUGCAUUGUUCUAAUUUCAUUAUCAAUACUAUUUGUGGUGUUAGAUUAAAAGAUACUUAAUGUGGAUUUAAGUUAUUUACUAAAAAUACUUCUUCUAUUUUGUUUAGAGUAUUACAUUUAGAAAGAUGGGCAUUUGAUGUUGAAUUAUUUAUGAUUGCAUAAAAAUACAAAGUACCUGUCUCUGAAAUGCCUGUUAAAUGGGAAGAUGUUGAAGGAUCUCAUUUAAAUGUAGUUGAAGCUUCUAUUUAAAUGGCUAGAGAUUUUCUAUUGGUUAGAAUUCUUUAUUUAUUAAAUAUUUGGAAUUUUAAAGAUGACAUUGGAUUAUGAUGAG